UGGGAGACCGACGGCACGAUCUCGAGCAACAGGUGUUGUCGCGGACGCUGUCAAGCUACGGCGCUGCUUGGACUCUCACUGCGCUUGCGGGCUGCGACUCUCGUGGUCGCCGUGGCGCGCGAUUCGCCGAGCGCCGACCGCUCGAGCGCUCCGCCACUGGCUGCGGACGGUGGCGGCGUUGCCAUUUGCGCGGCCGCGGUAACGCAAGACGGGUAUGGCCGCGUCGUCGUAAGGAGUUGGAGAGGUAGGCGCGUCGCCGCCCCCGAGUCCCCCGAGGGUGGUUAGGGUCGAGGAUGCCAGCCCCUCCAGCGCACUCCCAGUGGACAAGGCCCUUGCUCGCGGGUGCAGCUCAGCAACCCCAACUGCAUUCUACGUCGCAACACAGUGCGCGCGAGCACGAGCCAGCGAGGAUCAAGGUCGUACUCGUAGGAGAUGGAGCCGUCGGCAAGACGAGUCUCAUUGUAUCCUAUUCGACAAAUGGCUUCCCCCCAGAGUACGAACCGACUGCCUUCGACAACUACAACGUUGUAGUAAAUGUAGAUGGGCAGCCCAUCAAUAUUCAACUCUGCGACACUGCUGGUCAGGAUGACUUUGAUCCUUUACGCUCCCUAUGCUACCCAGAUACCGAUGUCUUCCUCAUUUGCUUCAGCGUCGUAAGCCCUACAUCUUAUCAUAGCGUAGCCACAAAAUGGAUUAAUGAAGUAAACGGACACUGCCCUAAUACUCCAGUUAUACUAGUUGGAACAAAGAGCGAUCUUCGUUCGGAUGUGAGAUUGGCAUUGCAGUUGGCCAGAUAUGGACAGGCGCCUAUUACGACUACGCAGGGUCAUCAGUUAGCUAACAGAAUCGGAGCGACGAGUUAUGUAGAGACAUCCGCGUUGACCCAAGAAGAUCUUAAAGAAGCUUUUGAUCAAGCGAUAGUAAGUGCUUUGAGUAUGAGAAGAGGUGGACUAAAGUUUCGAUCCAAUCGCAGAAAACCACUAUCUCUCUGGCGUAGAUGGCUUUGUUGUUGGGAAAGGUCAUCAACUUCCUCCAGCAGGGCCUAAUGGGAAAUUGUUAAUAAUAUUAGAAUAUAAAUCUUGGACUCGCUGAUCUGGGAUUACCGAUAUUAGAGUAAUUCUCUCUUCUUUGCGCAUUAACUGCAAUAUGUUUUUUUUUGUAAAUGGUCUAAUUACGCAUGUAAGUAAGGGCUACAAUUUAUUAUUUUUUAUGCAAUUUGAUAUACUAGUAUAUUAUGCUGAUAGGGAUCAAAUGAAUUUUUUAUC